AUGGAUCAGAACGACGUUGUUCCAGUCGAUAAACCGCUCGCAAAGUGGCGAGAAGUCCAAGUUGCUGCACCUCCGUCGCCACUGUAAGUGUGUUUAAUUUAUUUUUUGAUAAUUUAGGCUUUGGAUAUUGUUUUAUCCCUCACAAGAAGAGAAAAUCCUAAAUUCGUAGAAAAAUGGAAGAAACGGGUUACUGUCAAAAUUUUUAAUGAGAUGCAUGUGUUCUCCGAAAACCUCGGAAAGUAUCUUGAUACUUUUUUGUGGAUAAAAUUAUAUUAAUGCUGAUAUUCUACCAGAAACUUUUUCAGACCUCGUCAUGGACACAAAGCAGUCGCUAUCAAGCACUAUAUGAUCGUAUUUGGUGGUGGAAAUGAGGGUAUUGUCAACGAGCUCUACGUGUUUAACACGCACACGAAUAUUUGGCAUAAGCCUGUUGUUCGAGGAGAGCCAAUGCCUGGCCUCGCGGCCUUUGGAAUGGAUACAGAUGGAGAGAAGAUAUAUAUUUUUGGAGGAAUGAUCGACCCAAAGAAGUAAGAGACUUGUUAUUAAGUUUUAUUAAUGUCUGAGAGUGUUUAAUAUUUAUCUGAUCAAGUCUGGAGUAGUUUGUGCCUAUAAUUUAAGAUAAUAUCUAAAAUAAUAUAAAUUUUUUUACAGAUAUUCGGACCAAUUUUACGAGCUGGACUCGAGACGUUGGGAAUACCGUAAUCUGAGAAUCCGAGCCCCCAGAAAUAACGAUCCCUCGCCUUGUGGUCGUCUCGGCCACACUCUAAAUAUUGACCGAGAUCGAAUCGCCUAUAUAUUUGGUGGAAUGGCCCGAGAUGAAGAUGGAUCUGUCAAGUAUCUGGACGAUCUCUACAUGCUCGAUCUUGCUCCAAACAAACCCUUGACUUAUGAGAAGAUCCAGGCUGGCCAAGGCCCAUCUCCGAGAGAGUCCCACACCUCGACUUUGUAUGAAAAUGAUAAACAGAAGUUCCUUUUCAUAUACGGCGGGAUGAAUGGGGAUCGUCUCGGAGAUAUGUGGAUCUUGGAUUUGGUCCAUUUAGCAUGGAGAGAGAUCCAGCCCCACGGAGAGAUUCCCAGACCGAGGUCUCUUCAUUCGGCCAGUUUAGUAGGAGAUAGGUAAGGAAUUGAUGUUUUAUUUUCUAUUCUUAGCUCUGUAGUGUCCAAUAGUAUAUAGAAAAGUAUAAAAAAUCUCACGAAAAUAUGAAUUCAGUCAUUUUUUGAGCUUGAUCAUGAAAAUUUUAAAAAAUCGAACCGAUCUCCUUUCAGAGUCUUCGUAUUCGGUGGAUGGGUCCCAGUAACCCCAGAAGACGUACCCCAAGACGGUUCACCCUAUCUAGACUGGCGCUGUUCCAACGAUAUACACUCGUUCCACGUCCUCAACAACCGAUGGGAAAGCUUCCAGGAAGCUGUCACAGAUGAAAAAAACUCUUUUCCCAAUGCUAGAGCCGGACACUCGGCCUGUGUAAUCAACAAUCGAGUUUAUAUUUGGUCGGGGAGAGACGGGAUCAGAAGGACAGGGUCGAGUGUAAAAUGCUGCAAGGACUUCUACUUCCUCGAAACACAGCCUCCCGCCACUCCAGGCCCAAUUCAAUUGGCUAAAGCCACUCUCGACACGAUUGAAAUCACCUGGGCUCGAAUUCCGAAUGCUGAUUCGUACCAUGUGGAGGUGAAGAAAUUGGGACCAGAUGAUCAAGGUGAGAUUUUAAUUUGGAUUUGAAUGUUUUCUGAGUUACGAAAAGGGUUGAAGAACUUGGAACUGUUAGAUGUAACAAUUAUCAUUGUCAUUUCAGCCCAAUCUCAACGACGGAUCAUGUCUCAACAGAAUGGGCAGAGAAUUAAACGAAUCCAUGUCCCCGGAUCCAGUCCCCCAACUCAACCCCCCAAUCCAAGAGCCAUUCCCUACCGUCAGAUCACUCCGGAUGGCCGAGUCUACACCCGCCCGGCAGGCAUCGCCUACCGGACUCCCCAGUCCCAGCCUCUUCCCACUUCCGCCACCUAUUCCAAUGGUCAUCCCCCAACUCCGGAGAAGGUCCAAUAUCAACAAUCCUACGCUCCCCAGACCUUGUCCACGCCCUAUCAGCCAACCCAGCCGACAUUGGAGGCCCAGAUGCCCAGCAAUAUACUGGAGGACCCGGAGCCCGAAUCCAGUUCGGUCGAACAGAAGCUGGAGGAUCCCGCGGACAUAUCCCUAUCCGAUAAACCCGCUCCCCUCCUAGAUCCGGCAAAUAUUUCACUUGAAUCCGAGAAACCUCAGACCGCAGAACAGCCCCCACAGGACCCGGGACUCUCAACAAAUCCACCAGCAGAGCCAAGUCAAAAUGAAAGUCAGAUUUCUGGAAGCGAGACCAAUCCAGAGGAACCCGCAGAACCAAAUCCACCAGAAUCCGAAGCGAAACCGACUGCAUCAGGCUUUGUGGAACCGAGAUCAACUCCAGAGGCCUUUGUAUCCCCAGCGCUCCCGCCUUCAGAAGCAGCGGAAAGUCCUCAGGUAAGAAAUCGCCAUUUAAUUAUAUUGUACUGGACAAAAUUGAAGAUUUUUUUGCAAAUUUUCAGAUCUCACCUCAAAAACCUCGUCAGUCGGAAUGGUGCUACGUUGGCCAGACUGUGACUCCCACAUUCAAGGUCGUCGAGUACUUCCAAGAAACGCCCGAGGGGCAGAAGAGCGUUAAAUUGGAAUCCGGAUUCAUCUACCAGUUCAGAGUCAGCGCUGUAAAUAUCUGUGGCCAAAGCCCGUGGUCUGACCCUGUUUCCUACAAAACUGGAGUGCCUGGAUUCCCGGGAGCCCCCUCUUCCAUCAAGAUUUCCAAAGGCGACAAUUGUGCCCAUCUCAGUUGGGAGCCCCCAACCAAUCCAAAUGGAGUCAUUGUAGAGUACAGUGUGUACUUGGCGAUGAAACCAAACGUCGGAGGAGAGAACAACUCCUUCCUCAAGGUCUAUAGCGGCACUGAACCCUCGUGCACAGUCGACGGACACUACUUGGACAACGCUUUAGUGGACACCACACCAAAACCCGCAGUUAUUUUCAGAAUCGCGGCAAGAAACCAGAAGGUAAGUUGGAAAAAAAUAAGAAAAUGGCUUGAGAAGCAAGCUAGUCAAACGUUCUUUUGUCGAGACCAUUUUCUGAUUGCGAAAAACGGGUUUAUCAACGCGAAUUUUUAUAUUAUACUUGAUGACUCACCGUUCCAGGGAUACGGCCCGGCUACGCAGGUCCGCUGGCUCCAAGAAAACCGGAUGCCGGCCCCCAUGUCGAUCCAACUCCAACAUUCUCAGCCCCAUCCUUCCACUUACACUCGAAUAGCACCCUCAGCUCUACCCCCACCCACCUACACCAAGAGAGUCCGGAUCGAAUAA